AUGUUUGCUUUUAUUUUUAUUUUUCUACUUCUUAUUAAUGUGAAAUGCAGUCAGUCAAUGUAUAUAGUGAUACCGACCAAUUUGGGCAGAAGUUUUGAGUUAAGAGAGGAAACCCUUUACCAGGAAACAAUACCAGCAAUUGAAAUUAUGGAAGACCCUGCCAAAUUAUACACCCCAAACGAUUUCUUUGGAGAUGCUCAAAAGUUAAUCGUUGCCGUGCAAAAAUUCUUGCAACAUCCGCCGACCUCGCUGCACAGUGCGUUCAACCAACUGCAGAGCAACGCGAAAAAAAACCACCAGAAACAGAAGCCCGUGAAAAACAAGGUGGUUCUUGACCCCUUCGGAAACAUUUCAUUCACCCUGGGCUGGUCAGCCAACCUGCAGGUGUUCAAUAGCAUCGCUUUCACCAAAAAUCGAAGUCUGGUCAACUACAAUGGACGGACUAAGGGUUAA